UCUUCCCAAGACAAUAAUUCGUCCAACGGGCAAGGCACAAGAAGAGCACGCUCCAAGCAAACAAGCUGCACAGCGGCCCAGCAAAGAGGAAAGCCCAGUCCAGCACAGAGCACAGCAGCCAUGGCAAUCUCACAGCAAGGACCCCUCCCCGUCAUCAUCGUCGGCGCGGGUGUCAGCGGCCUGCUGCUCGCGCAGUACCUCCGCAAGAACAACAUCCCCUACCGCAUCUACGAGCGCGACACGGACCUCACGACCCGCGGCGUCGGUUGGGGCCUGACGCUGCACUGGUCUCUCCCUGCGCUGCGAUCCCUGCUGCCGGACGACCUCGUUGCGCGGCUGCCCGAGGCCUAUGUUGACCGAGCUGCCGUCGCGAGGGGUGAGGCGUCGGCGUUUCCCUUCUUCGAUUUGAGCACCGCCGAACUCAAGGGCGCCAGCCCCCGCGCACCGGAAAGUCUGAGGAUUAGGGUCACGAGGGAGAGAUUGCGCCGUUUGGUGGCUACGGAUAUCGAUAUUCAGUGGGGGAAAGGCUUCACGAGAUACGAAGAAAAUGAGACCGGAGUAGCGGUCUACUUCGAAGACGGCACUUCGGUGGCCGGUCGCGUGCUCGUUGCCUGCGACGGGGGGCCAUCCCGUGUCCGGCGCCAGCUCUUCCCGGAACAGCACGAAAGACACCGGAUCCCGGUCCGGGUGCUUGGCCUCAAGUUGCAGUUGACUCCCGAAGAGAUGGAGCCGAUCCGAAAGCUCGACCCCUUCUUCCUGCAAGGUGCAUCAUCUCGGAACGAUACGUUUCUCUAUCUUAGCAUGCUCGACGCCCCUGGAAACAACGAUGAGAGCACGGGCAAGUACAGCUGUCAACUGUGCAUCUCAUGGCCGGAUCGCCCGGGCUUCCUAGGUAAUCCGGAGCCGACCGGCUAUCCGCUGACGGACGCCGGCAAGGUCGAGCUCAUCAGGUCGUUUGCCGAAGGGUGGUCGGAGCCGUUUCGUUCCCUUGCACUCGGCAUUCCCGCUGACACUGACGUGAAACACCUUGACCUCUACGAUUUCCCUCCGCCGAAGGGGUUGAGGUCCAAGGGGAGGGCCGUGUUGAUGGGCGAUGCCUUUCAUGCGAUGGCGAUGUACAGAGGCGAGGGUGCUAACCACGCCAUCCUCGACGUUCUCGACUUCGCAAAGACCGUUGGGCCCAAGUUGAGCGGUAGCAACAACAGUCUCGCGGACCAUCGAGCCGUUCUGGACAUUUACGAAGAUACCGUGGUCUCCAGAGCUCGACCCGGCGUUUUGGCGUCACGGCGGGCCUGCAUGGAUGCGCACGACUGGCCCAAGAUUAGCCCUACGAGUCCUCUUCUCAGCAAGCGGGAGAUGAAGCUUCAGUUUGAUGAAGAGUAAAAGGAGCUAUGGAACUACUCCGUACGGACGUCCCACCAGUAGACUUAAUGUUCUUUCUACUCUAAUUGAUUCAGUCAUGAUAUAAAAACAGACAUACAAGAUCGCGUACACCGUGUUCUCGGGAAUGGGGAUCAGCAUCGUGUUGUGGGAUGUAUGGGGUGAUGGGGUGAUUUCUUGACACGUAACCGUCCCUCCACCUCCUCCCAACCACCCCGGUCUGUUGUGGCUCCUCCACCGCAGUGGAGAGAGAUCAGCAAGACGAGAG